CGGCAGCUACUGACGGACCUGUCUACAGGCUGCGUCCAGGCUGUGUCCACUCGGUUUAUUGGUCAGGCUUUUUGAGUCCAAGGAGGGCAUCGUCUUUUUUGUACAUCUCACUUCCGCGUUUUCUGUUUCCCCACGAAAGACUUCGCCUUUUCUUAAAACAUAGCGUUAAAUACUCAAGCGGUACCUCAAAGAUGGCUAUGGUAAAGAGUGGUUGGCUUCAUCGACAAAGUACCAUACUGCGUCGGUGGAAAAGAAACUGGUUUGACUUGUGGGCUGAUGGGCGGCUUGUGUUCUACAAUGAUCAACAACGGCGUGACAUGGAGGAUGACAUCCACAUGAGGGUCGACUGCAUCAACAUCCGCAACUCUGCUGCAUGUCAAGAGCUGAAUCCACCGGAGGGGAAGAUGCGCGACGCCCUGCUCCAGAUAGUCUGCAGAGACGGACGGGUCAUCAGCCUGUGUGCAGACAGUGCGGAUGAUGCUCUGGCAUGGACCAUGGCACUUCAGGAUGCAAGAAUUAAUACGGUUGUUGCUACUCCUCAGAUCGGCUUUGCACAGGAGGUGAUGGCAUCUGCUCCUCCCCCUUACUCAGAAUACGCUCCUCCUCCUCAGCAGGUUUAUGCCCCAGGUCCAUAUGGAGAGUAUGUUGCGCCUCCACCCCACGCUACACAGAUUGUAUACUCUUCUGACGGCCAGCCCUACGCUGUAGCUUAUCCUUAUCAGUACCAAGGUGGGUAUGCUGCUCCUGGAGUGAACCAUGUUGUUAUCCGGGAACGCCAGCGUGACGAUGGCGGCGAUGUGGCUUUGGGCAUGCUAGCUGGAGCAGCAACUGGUCUGGCACUUGGCUCUCUCUUCUCCGUCUUCUAGUGUCAUGACUAAUGUACAUCUAGUAGCACACUCUUCCCCCGUAUUUGCAGCGUUUGGCUUCUUCGCUGUGCCAUCACAUGAGUUUAAGUAAAAUGUGUCUAUUGGGCUACUUCCAUCUAUGAAGCAUGAUUGUGAUGGGCAGUGAAUUACUCCGUGUGUGUCCUAUAUACAUAUAUACAGUAAAUACUGUUAGCACUUUCUCAGAUGCCCUAUGCGGCAGUUUCCCAACCCCUUUGUGUUGUCUGAAUAUGAAUGGUUUUAACCAAAAAAACAAUUACUCACUUUGAGAGUUCAUAUGUACAUUUCAGGUCCUCUCAGUGUUUCAGUUUGUUUGUGCAUUAUGAAGCAUAUUUAUCCUUUAUGUUUGCAGAAUUGUCUUCACAGGCAUGAAUUGGUGUUUUAUUUUUUUUUUUAGUUUGUGUCUUAAUUUCUCUGUGUACUGUACCUUUACUUUGUUUUACAUGCAAUACUUGUUUAUUUUGGUUGUGAAUAAUGCAGCGUUUCUUCGGCUCCUCGGCUUAUUUGUGGUGGAGGCAGGCUGAGAUGAGAGUUGUGUAAAGAGGAGUGCACGCACACAAAAAGCAAUAAUCAGUUACAUUGUAGCAUUUUGAGGUACCCUUUUGUUGGAAUCUGCUUGUGACGAAUGUCCGGUAUAGUCGCCACCACAAGUGAGUCUACGUGUGAGGAAACGCUGCAUUUACAUGAUGCGCAUUGAAGUGAAAAGGGACAUCACUCCUCCUUACUUAUAUAUCUGCAUGCAUUAUUUAUGGUAAUUUUUUUCAUUGGCAGCUGUUUAAUCACACUUUGCAUUUCAUUUGAAAUGUGUUCGAAUUUAUACUUUGGUCUCAUUUCAGUAGUUUUUUUGUGGUAUGCACAAAUACCAAGCAGGUUAAUCAGUCUCUUUGAGAUUUAGUUAUAUUUCAAUUGGCCGGGACUUUUUUCACUCCAGGUGACUUGAAUAUUGUCAGAUUUCCCCAUUAUUCAUGCUAAUUGUUACUCUAUUUAUUCAUAUUGAAAUAGCAAGUUAGCAUAGCUGUGUUUCAGACACGCUGCAUAUCUUAAUCAGUAAUUCUGAAGAUGUAUAAAACUUGGAUUUCCAAAUGAUUUUAGCUUCUUCAGUUGAUCAGCUUGUGCAAACAGCUUAACAUUGAUGUCAUUUUUCUACAGGUCUUAAAUUGUUUAACAAAGUGAAAUUAAUUAAUUAUAUUUCUCUUAUCAAAUGUACUUAUUAAAUUAUUAUUUACCCUGCAUUUAAAAUAAAAUAUCUGACAGUUGACUAA